AUGGCUGACGCAGCCGAAGUUCCGGGAAUGCUGACCAAUGGCAUAAGCGGAAUGGGAGGCGCCGUAGAUUUGCUAACGUCACUCGUGUUUCGAUCACCCGGCCAAGGUGGUUUUCCACCCGUCAACGGAUUUUUGAACGGCGAUGACGACGCAGCGGCAGCAGCCUUUGGCGAGUUCAACCAGACCGACAAUGGCACGCAUCCUUACAGUCACAUCGACUUUCAAAAAAAGCCCGCUCUUUUCCUGGCGCAAAGCGUGCUCAAUCUCGUGCUUCCCGCGUCGUCACCGCUCUACCCCUUUAUAAUCACCCUCCUCUCGGCUUUCUCCCCCAUUUUGGACGGCUUCUUACAACAAUACCUCCACAACGACUUUUUUGCGGGCAGCGUUUGGCUCGUUGCGAUCGGUCUGGUGGGCAGAUACCUUCUAAGCUGGUUCCAUUGGUCACUGGAUUGGAUGCGACACAGGGGAAAUGUGACUGUAACGAUUUCGCCGAACGACCAGGCAUUCACGUGGAUCCAGGAAUGGCUGAACGGAUAUAAGAAGCUGAGGCCGUCCGAGUUUACGCUGAAUCUGGAAUGGCCGUCGGACGAUGAAGCGAGUGGCGAGGACCGUAAUAAGCCGAUUGUCAAGUUCCUUCCCAAGUUGAAGGCUGCGCAACACAUCACAUUCAAUGGUGCCAAGGUGUCCUUUCAAAUGCGCAACAGCCCAGGUCAGCUGGACCAAGGGGCGGAAUUCGGUGACAUUCUCCGCUCAAUGAACCGCGAGGAGCUCGUAAUCGAAGCGCCCUCUCAGGCCGUCCUUCAGGCAGUCGUGCAAGCCGCUACCGAUGCCGCUAUGGUGAAGAAAAUUGAGAAGAAAAUCACGUCUGUGAAGCGGUGGAGCGCGGAGCAAGAUUACUGGAAGUACCUGGGGGAACGCGCGAGCCGGCCAGUGUCGACGGUGGUUUUGGACUGCGAUACAGGCGCUCUUAUCGACGACGUGAAGCAGUUCUUAGCGAGUGCAAAGUGGUAUACAGACCGGGGUAUCCCUCACCGCCGGGGGUAUUUAUUCCAUGGGCCGCCGGGUUGCGGCAAGACGUCUUUAAUCCAAGCCCUGGCCGGGGAGUUGGAUUUUGGAGUGGCGAUUAUCAGCCUAUCUUCCUCUGGUAUGAGCGACGAUUCCCUGAGCACUGCUAUGUGUGACUGUGACGAGCGGGACGUGAUUGUACUGGAGGAUAUCGAUGCAGCGUUUACAGCCACUAGGGAGAAGAAGGAGGGGAGCCAGGCGAAUGGGCUGUCGUUUUCUGGCCUGUUGAACGCGAUCGACGGGAUUGCCGCCCGGGAGAAGCAGAUUGUGAUCAUGACGACGAAUCAUAUCGAGAGAUUGGAUCCUGCGCUGAUCCGCCCCGGGCGGGUCGACUUUCGGAUGUUUCUCGGCCUCGCUAGCCGCAGCCAGAUCGUCCGUCUGUUUCUGAGAUUCUUCUCGGAAGCUUCUGAGAAAGAGGCGGAGAAAUUUGCGGGGAUGUUUGAGGAAGGAGAGGUGAGCCCUGCGGCUCUCCAGGGAUUCUUUCUGCUGCACAGGGGGAGUGCUGAUGCUGCCAUGACCCACGGGCCGGCUUUUGUAGAGGGAGUGAGGGAGGAGAGGAGGGAGAGGGAGAGGAAGGAGGAGGAGAAGAAGAGGGAGGAGGAGGAGGGGAAGGGGGAGGGGAAGGGAAGAAGGGGUAAAGGGAGGAAGGGGAAAGGUGCGAGGAAAGACAGCGGGGUGGAAGAGAUUGUGAUUGAAGAAAGUGAUGCAGUCGGGGAGUCCGAUGACACUGAAGUGGAGUGUGAUAAUAUCGAAGACAGGAAGUCUGAUGGGAGUGGGCAUGAUACAGAUGAGAGUGGGGUAGAGGAGAGUGAUGCAGAGGAGAGUGAUGCAGAGGAGAGUGAUGCAGAGGAGAGUGAUGCAGAGGAGAGUGAUGCAGAGGAGAGUGAUGCAGAGGAGAGUGAUGCAGAGGAGAGUGAUGCAGAGGACGAGUGA